CCAGGUGGUUGGUAAGCAAGCUCCUAUACUGAUCUGAAUUACUGAGAGUCUGAGUCUUGGCAUGGCGGCGAAGCGUGGACGGGCGGCGGUGGUGGUGUUGGCGGCGGCGGUGAUGGUGGCGGCGGCGGUGCUGUGCGGGGCGGGGGCGGAGGCGGCGUGCGACGCGAUGCAGCUGACGCCGUGCGCGGGGGCGAUCAUCGGGAACGCGGCGCCGACGGCGGCGUGCUGCAGCAGGAUGAAGGAGCAGCAGCCGUGCCUGUGCCAGUACGCGCGCGACCCCAACCUGCAGCGCUACGUCAACUCCCCCAACGGCAAGAAGGUCAUGGCCGCCUGCCGCGUCCCCGUCCCCACCUGCUGAGGCGAGGCGUCGGGGCCCCACCUGUCAUCGACCGCCGCGCCGCGCGCCUGGCUGCACUUCGUGUCUUGCUGCUAUACUAUUCGUCUUGUGGUUUUUAUUACUGCCAUGCCUGCUCUCUGUAUUGUAUUCCACUGCGCGUCUACCAUGAAUAAAGGCAGAAAUGUAAUGGUGCGAUGUUACAUUUGUCCA